UUCUUUUAAAGCAACGCCUUCUCUCUCUCCUCUACUCCGAUGCCAUUUCGCCUUAUAAAUAUUGUUAAAACGACACGUACUCUUUUUUCUCGGUCUGAAACAAAAAAAAAAAAAAAAAAACCAGUAUCCAGACUUUUUCUAGAAAGCAGAGAACAGAAAAAUAAGAGCACGAAAAUUGUUUGUUUGCUUUACUCUUUCUUUCGCUGAGGAAAAACCGGGCAUGGCUGAGACUGAGAGCCAAACGCAGCAGACGAAACGACAUGAGGAACAGCGAAACGACGAUUUAGAAGGAGAAGAGGAGGAGGAAGAGGAAGAAGAAGAGGACGAGGACGAGGUGGAGGAGGAAGAGGAAGAGGAAGAAGAAGGAGUGAGUCGAGUCAGAGAGUCACGAGGUGCUGGAAUGGCGCCUUUGACUGAUGCUAAGUUGAGAGAAUCUCAAUUGGAAACCCUAACGAAUUAUGAUCGUUGCGAGGGGUUGCAGGAGAAUUCUACUUCGGAAUCGAAGGAAGGAGCUGAAUUACAGGAGCAAGUUGAGAUAGCCCACCCAGAAGUUUUGCCUAGUUCAGCUGUCCAGGGGGCAGAAGUUCCGACACAAAAUCCACUCCAGUCAUCUGUUUCUCCAACUUCUUUGCCACAAUUGUCACCAACUUCCUUUACACAAGGUAUUUCAUCUGCUUCCAUUCCAACUCUAUCGGAACAAAGCCUUGCAGAUCAGAAGAUUAAUGGUGCAUCCCUUCCAGAAUCAAACCAGCAAAAACCUUCUAAUCUUAGAACAGUCUCUGUUGUUCCCAUUGUGAAGAAACCAAUAUCUGAUGGUUAUAACUGGCGGAAAUAUGGUCAGAAGCAAGUGAAGAGUCCCAAAGGUUCGCGAAGCUAUUAUAAAUGCACAUUCUCUGAUUGUCGGGCCAAAAAGAUAGAAUGCUCUGAUCACACAGGCCAUGUAAUUGAGAUUGUUAAUAAAGGCAUGCAUAGUCAUGAACCACCAUGGAAAAAUAACUUUCCAAGGGAAAGUAAGAUUGUAUCGUCUGCUGUGCCUGUUUCUCGGAAUAUCAUUACAGAACACCCCAUCAGAAUACCUAAUGAUUCUGAUCCAUCCACAUCUUCUAAAGAAUCUGUACCCGAAACAACUGUAAACCCUGAAAGAAAACGACAGUGCUCAAGUGGCUCUGAUGGGAAUGGCGAUGUGCAAGUGAAGGAAGAGCUUUUGAGUGAACCAGAGCCAAAAAAAAGGAUGAAGAAAGGUGAUGCAGUUUGUUCUGGUUCUGUCCUAAAAACUGGGAAAAAACCUAAAUUUGUUGUGCAUGCAGCUGGUGAUGUGGGGAUCUCAGGUGAUGGAUACAGAUGGCGAAAAUAUGGGCAGAAAAUGGUGAAGGGAAAUCCUAAUCCCAGGAACUACUAUAGAUGCACUUCUGCUGGGUGUCCUGUUCGGAAGCAUAUUGAGACAGCUGUAGAUAAUACAAAUGCCGUCAUUAUAACAUAUAAAGGUGUUCAUGACCAUGACAUGCCUGUACCAAAGAAGCGACAUGGCCCACCAAGUGCUCCUCUUGUUGCUGCUGCUGCUCCUGCUUCUAUGAACAACUUACAACAUAAAAAAACCGACGGAGUGCAAAACCAAGUUACAUCAACCCAGUGGUCAGUGGGUACUGAAGGUGAAUUGACUGGUGAGGCCCUAGACCUUGGAGGUGAGAAGGCAAUGGAAUCAGCUCGAACGCUUCUGAGUAUUGGAUUUGAAAUCAAGCCAUGCUGAACUUGAUGGGACUUUUAUGUUGUUAACAUCAGCCAUGUCUCCUUAUAAAUUAUUGAAUGGUGAGGUUUGAUCUAUCGUAUUUUUAGUUUUGUUUGUUAUCGAUGUAGUUUCCAGUGAGUCUGUAUAUUUUUCCGUUGUAUUCCCACUCAAUCUGGUUGGAACAAGUUUAUAGUGGUGGAAACAAUAUAGAUUUGAUUGGCAACCCGUUUCUGUUUUUUUUUUUCAAUGACAUGAGCCGGAAUUUAGGAGCACGGCUAUGCAUGUUUAUUGGGCGACAGCAGUCAAGUGAUACGCAGUUCACGAGGCAAAUUUUCAAUUGUCGAUCAUAAAUCACAGACUAUUAUGCCGGAUGAUUCUUGUU